UAAUGACAUUGUGUUUAGAUCUUUUUGAAUGGACAUUUGUGUUUAGGGGUAGAUAAAAUAGUUCUGUCCUGACACUGUCUUUCCCCUAUAUGCUAUCUUUCCCCUAUUUUCCCCUAUCUUUCCCCUAUUUAAGCAAUAUUUUUUCAUUACUUUGGGUCAUGUAGAUGGACAAGAGGCAAGUUAAAAGGAGAAAAUUGCUUAUCAAUGCUGCUACAUAUAUUGCCGCUUCUAUGGUUGUUCUGUAUGUUCGGUCCAGAUUAAGGAAUAGGAGAGAGCCUAUUACAUAUGGCCCAUUAGUGGAAAGGGAUGCGGCUAGAAUAUCCUACAUGAAUGAUAAAAUUUUGCGGGAUGACACAACCUGCACAAAUAUGAUUAGGCUUAAGAGAGCAUCUUUCUUUCAACUGUGUCAAGUUUUAAGGGAACGACAGUUGCUUUGUGACACAAUACAUGUAUCUGUUGAAGAGCAAGUUGCCAUGUUCCUCCAUACGAUUGGACACAAUGAAAGGAAUAGAGUAGUUGCUACAAACUUUGGGAGAUCAAGUGAAACAGUGAGUAGAUACUUUAGAAUCGUCCUCAAUGCCAUAGGUGAGCUGAGAAAUGAUCUUAUCCAACCACCUUCUUUGGAGACCCCAACCAAAAUCGCAGGCAACCCUAGAUGGGAUCCAUACUUUAAGGACUGUAUUGGAGCCAUUGAUGGAACACAUAUACGGGCCUCGGUUAGUAAGUCAAUGGAGCUAGCUUUUCGUGGUAGAAAGUCAUUUGCAACACAAAAUGUGAUGGCUGCUGUAGAUUUUGAUAUGAAAUUCACUUAUGUUCUGGCUGGUUGGGAGGGCACAGCACAUGAUGCUGUGGUUUUAGCAGAUGCCCUAGAGCGUGAGAAUGGUGGCUUACGAGUUCCUGAAGGAAAAUUCUACCUCGUGGAUGCGGGAUACGGAGCCAAACCUGGAUUCAUGCCACCUUUUCGUGGUGUGCGCUAUCACUUGAAUGAGUGGGGAAACAAUCCAGUCCAAAAUGAGAAGGAGCUAUUCAAUCUAAGGCAUUCCUCUCUACGUGUGACUGUAGAACGUGCAUUUGGAUCACUCAAGAGAAGAUUUAAAGUCCUUGAUGAUGCUACGCCAUUCUUCCCAUACCUUACUCAAGUCGAUAUUGUCAUAGCAUGUUGUAUCCUCCAUAACUGGGUUGUUUCUCAAGGCACUGAUUGUUUCAUUCUGCCGGAGAACACAUUGACACCUAGUUCCCAUACUUCAGCUAGUGCACAAUCAAAUGACCAUAGGUUGAUGGUUGAAAAGAGGCAACUAAUUGCUGAAAGGAUGUGGCAAGAUCGACAAAACCACUAUGGCCAUUAAAUAUAGUGUCCUUAUGUAACAAGAACUUUGUAAUAUUUGCAAUUUUUUGUACCUAGAACCUUUUGUGUUUUUAAAUUAUUAUACUGGUGUGAUUAUUUUUAUUAUGAUUUACAUAUUGUUUGCAACAAUUUACUAUUGUUUGCUAUCAGCCAUAUUUAAUGGACUAAUGCGAUGCUGUUG